AGGUACUCUCUUGGAGAGGAACUUCCUCCAGGGGAACGUAACCCACAGUUGUUAUCUAAAACGUUUAAGAUUGGUUUCAGUCGACCACACGUGCCUGGAAAGACGGUGAGAAAGAGCAUUUUCCUAUUCGUAGAUUCAAAAGAUUUGUUUUUUCGUUUAGUUUUAACAAUUUACAGAGUUUAACAGACUUUUAUUUCUCUGCUUCCUCAGACAUCGACAAAAGAGACAGUUAUGGCAAAACCGCGCUUCACUGUGCCGUAUCAGCAGGCCAGGUCAAUACCGUGAAAUAUCUCCUCCACAACCAUGCAAACCCUAACCUUAAAGACCACAGAGAGGAGGCACCACUGCACGCCGCGGUGCGGACUGGAAACAUUGAAGUGGUCGAGGCAUUACUGAAUCACAAGACAACCAACGUUAACAUCGAAGGACGAAACAAGUACACUCCUUUGCAUAGUGCUGCUCAUUUAGAACAUAGAUGCGCCUUAGAAAUCUGUCAAAAGCUUUUGGACUGUGGUGCCAAGGUUACGGCCAGAGGACUGGAUCAUAUGACCCCGCUUAGCGUGGCUACUCAGAAGGGGUCAGCGGACAUCAUGGCCUUGUUCUUCAAGAAAUGUAACGAAGUCCAGAGAGGCACAAAACAGAAGCUUGACCUGAUUUACUGUGUCGACUUUGAGGGGAGUUCUCUGCUGCAUCUCGCAAUAGACAGCGGUGUUUUGAAGGCGGUUAAGUUGUGUUUGGACCACGGUUGCUCUGUAACAGCUGUCAAGAGGUUAGAUGGUGGUACUCCAAUCCAACUGGAUUGUCGUCUAGGUGCACCAGAAAUCCUUCAGUGUUUAUACGAACAUGAUCCAGCUGCCUUCCAACACGCUUUGGUGGAUAAAGAGGUCAUGACACCCUUGCAUAGAUGCUCCAUGUACAAUCAUGUCAGUGUAGUUCAGUUUCUGGUGGAUCAUGGUGUAGAUUUAAACCCACGUGAUCGCGAGAAAUGCACACCGUUACUCUUGGCCGCGGCUCAUGGCUGUUCAGCGGUUGUGUCACUACUAUUAGAAAGUGGUGCUGAUGUCACUUGCGAGGACGAGAAAAAGAGAACCGCGCUGCACUGGGCAGUAGGACAGGAUAGAACUAUUGAGCGACUUUUGAAGGAUCCAAAUGUACAAGAACUGAAACUUGUGAACCAGCAGGACAGUACAGGAGCCACAGCUCUCCACUAUGCCGCACAGGGUGGUUUCCUUAAGAGUGUGCUGUUACUCCUGAAGAACGGCACAGAUCCAAGUUUGAAGAACAAUAAACUGGAAACUCCACUCCACCUGGCUGCCAGUCAUGGCUGGCUACCUAUUGUAAAAAAGUUGAUGGAAGGUCGACAGACUCGUUUAAUGAAUGUAGGUAACUUAAGCGAUCACACCCCACUCCACUUGGCGGCUUCUAAUGGACAAGACAAGGUUGUCAAGUUUCUUCUGGACAGAGGAGCUACUAUAGAAAGGGAUACAGACGGUCGAACUCCAUUACAUUUCGCCGCAGCUAAAGGAUCAUUAAAGAGUGUUCAGUUGAUCUGCACUUCAAACCCUAACUGCAUUAACGUGGAAGAUAACGCAGACCAGGACACCGCUUUGCAUCUGGCAGCCAAAAAUGGUCAUGCAGCAUUAGUGACGUAUCUCCUAUCCCAUGAAGCUCAGAACGUGACGUACAAUGCUUACAACCAGAAUGCAUUGGAUGUUGCAAUUGAAGCUGGCAAGGAACCGGUGGUCAUGUGUAUAGCAGAACACACACGGUGGAGAGAAAUGUGUCAUCAUGUCGAAGAAGGCCUCACUCAACUUCAACGUCUUAUCAUGAAGAUGCCGCUGGCUGCUGAGAAAUUUCUUGAUAAAAGUGUUGAAGAAUCCGGUGAUAAAGAGAAAAGUGAAGACUAUUCGGUGACGUACGACUUUAUGUUGUUACAAGGAAUGCCGGAUCUCAGGAAACACGAUCCAAAGAAAUAUCUGGACAGUUUACAUACCAUGGUCAAGUACAAGCGAGUGAACUGUUUGUCACAUCCUGUGACAGGAGCCAUCAUGAACAUCAAAUGGCGGAGCGUGGGUUGGAAGGCUUACGUAAUGAAUCUAGGAUUUUAUAUUUUGUUUUUGGUGAUGUUGACCACCAUGACCGUGUUACUGGAGAACAGCAGCAAGCAACAGGAUGCUCUCCUGGAUAUCCCUCGCUUCACGAUUGUCGUUAUGAGUCUGUUUCAUCUGCUUAAAGAAAUUUUCCAAAUAUGGGACGAGAAAUUCAAAUAUCUAUUGAAGAUUGAUAACUGGAUGGAAUGGUUUUUGUACAUGACAAGUCUUGUGUACAUGUUUCAGUAUGGCGCUUUCAAGGAGAACGAUAAAGAUGGAUCUGCUUACAGUCUUAAGGCAGUAGCUGCCACAGCUAUUUUUAUCGCUUGGGUUAUUUUUGUGCUUUAUUUAAGAAGAUUUUCUACGUUUGGUAUUUAUAUUAUAAUGAUGACAAAUAUAAUAAAGACAUUAGUGAAGAUCAUAAUUCUGUUUAUUCCUUUUGUAAUUGCCUUUGGAAUUCCGUUUUUCCUUUUACUUCGCGAGCGAUUUCCGGGUGAAUCGAAUGAAGCAACACAGUACCUGUUUGAUCAUCUUCCAUACUCGCUUUUCACAACCUUCAUGUUGAUUCUUGGUGAGAUGAAAUACCCGCACACAGUGUUCAAAUAUCAGCCCCUACCAUACCCCGGGAUAAGUUACGUGGUCUACGUCAUCUUCUGUGUGUGUAUGCCGAUCAUCAUCAAGAAUCUCUUGAUUGGUUUAUCCGUUGGUGACGUAAAUAGAAUUCUCCAGUCCGCCAAAAUGGAACAACAUGCAAUGCAGGUUGAACUGCUUUUAGAAUUAGAAAGAGCCACUCCUAGAAAAGUUCUCAGAAAGAUCUGGGUUCCAUACUGCGUGGAGUAUCCCAACAGAAAACGAACAUGGAGGCAAAAGCUUGUGGAAUUUGGUUCGCCCAAGAAACACACAGCAAACCAGCAAACAUAUGUGAAUCCAGCUCUGUUACAAAUCAGUGACAAGGUCACCAAACUGGCUGACAAGGUCGACCAACAAGAAGACAAGUUGCAAAACAUUAUCCGCCUCCUUGGAAGACUUGAUCAAAGACUGACCGAGAUGACUUCGAGUGGAAAACCGUUGACCAGCACAGUGGAUGGACAGCAGGCGCUCUCCAGAGAACCUCCGAUUGUUCCGAUUAGCGGGUUCACACAAGAACGCCCGUCCACAGAAACGACACGGAGGCCAUCCAUGGAGUCCACGGUGUAAACACACAAUUUCAAGAUUCCAGAUGAAACUGCAAAUCUGGCGUAAAUAAGGCUCUCUCCAAACGUGAUGCGAUCACCGAUCCCAAACGUAACGGAGAUCUAAUAGAAAGGAGCAGAACCUACCAUUUCCGUGCAACGGCCGAGCCAAGACUUCCCAUCUUCAAUUCCGUAGCGACUUUACAAUGCAAGAAUUAAAAGAAGCAUGUAAAGUUUGACUUCAAAUAUUUAAGACAGAAGCAAAUUUUUUCAGUUCAUCCUAAGAAGGGUGUUAAUGGUCGUAGACCGACUAUUAAAGCUGGAAAAAAAUCGAUUGCCUAGGGAUCCAUAUCUUUUUGCUUAAUUACAUUUGGCACUGGUUAUCAAAGGAUAUCGUUUGGUUCAAAGUUUCUUGCAGCACAUAAAAAGAAUUGAAAAAAUUUCAUGUCAAAAAAUAAUUAUUUCAAAGAUGAAAUAAAAUGGUGCUAGGUGAAUAACGUUGACUCAAUGACUUGCAAUGUGUGAUAAUGGGUUUCUUUGUUUAAUUAUCACAAAUAAAAAAUAUACAAAUUAAAUUGUAA